AUGCCGCCAUGGAACACCAACUACAGAAAGAAAGCUACACCAAGAAUAAAGUGGUAUAAUCUUCAGAAACCUCAAGGAAGAACCCUGGCAUCAAACAUAGCAGACUUCCUAGAUACUCAUGUCACAGCAGGAAAAGAUGUCAACACUGCAUGGAACGACUUCCAAAGUCACAUAACAAACGCAGCCAAAGAGGUACUUGGUACUAGUACGGGUAAACUGAAGCCAAAUAAAGAUCCCAACUGGUGGAACGAGGAUGUAAAGUCGUUCUUACAGGAGAAAAAGUUGUGUUUUAAGAAAUGGCAAGCUUCAAAAGACGAGUCUGACCACCAAAGAUAUAUUGAAGCUAAGAAACUUGCCAAAAGGAUGGUCGCAUGCUCACAAGCUGCAGCUAAAGAGAACGAGUACAUCAAAUUGGAAAAAGCAGGUUCAGAUAAAGAAAUAUUUCAAAUUGCUAAAUUUAGGAACAAACAAAGUAAAGAUAUUAAACAUAACAAAUAUAUAAAAGACUCUACAGGAGCACUGCUGACCUCCGAUAAUGAUAUAAACGACCGAUGGCACGAAUACUACAACAACUUAUUGAACGAAGAGUUCCCACAAGAACCUAUGCCAAGCUUGCCUUUAGUACAUGGCCCAAUAGACUCAAUAACACAAGAAGAAGUCAAAGCUGCUCUUACUAAAAUGAAAAAUGGAAAAGCAACGGGCCCUGACGAAAUACCAUCAGACCUCCUAAAAAUGACUGGAAGCGCAGAAAUGAAGAUGCUGAGGUGGUCUGGCGGGGUAACGCUCAAAGAUAGAGUCAGGAACGAAUACAUAAGGGGAACAUUUAAAGUAGCAUGUAUCACUGACAAACUCCAGGAGAAUCGCCUACGGUGGUACGGUCAUGUCAUGAGGCGAAACAAAGAGCACAUGACAAGGGUCGUCAUGGAAAUCGAAGAACCAAAAAGAGGGCCAGGUCGCCGACCGACGACCUGGAUGGGCACCAUUUCCAAGGACAUGAAGACGACGGACUUGAAACCCGAAACUGCACAAAAACGCCCAGAAUGGCGUCUUAGGACUAGGAGGGCCGACCCCAAGAGACAUGGGAAAUAG